GCCGGCUUUUCACCUGAAACCUCUGUUGGACAGCUCUGGUCCAAAGGUUUCCAAAAGCCUGGGUGAGCCAUAGGAAGGCAGGAAAGAACAUUCAUUGAAAGCCUAAGAUGGGAUAUUUUGAAGACAAUUGCCCUGGGUCAGAUGUUGUCCUUGUGUAUAUGCGGGACCGCCAUCACCAGCCAGUACCUGGCAGAAAAAUACAAAGUGAACGCCCCUAUGCUUCAGAGCUUUAUCAACUAUUGCUUGCUGUUUCUAUUUUAUACAGUGAUGCUGGCAUUUCAGUCAGGUGGUGAUAACCUUUUGUGCAUCUUGAAGAGAAAAUGGUGGAAAUAUAUCCUGCUUGGACUAGCGGACGUGGAAGCUAAUUACCUGAUCGUCAGGGCAUACCAGUACACGACUCUCACCAGCGUCCAGCUUUUGGACUGCUUUGGGAUUCCUGUGUUGAUGGCUCUCUCAUGGUUUAUCCUUUAUGCAAGAUACAGAGUGAUCCACUUCAUCGCUGUGGCUGUUUGUCUGUUGGGUGUGGGGACGAUGGUUGGUGCAGACAUACUAGCAGGGAGGGAAGACAACUCAGGUAGUGAUGUACUGAUCGGUGACAUCUUGGUCCUUCUUGGAGCAUCCCUCUAUGCUGUUUCCAACGUGUGUGAAGAAUAUGUUGUGAAGAAGCUGAGCAGACAGGAGUUUUUAGGGAUGGUGGGCUUAUUUGGGACACUCAUCAGCGGCAUACAGCUAUUGAUCGUGGAAUAUAAGGAUAUUGCCAGCAUUCAGUGGGACUGGAAAAUUGCCCUGCUGUUUGUGGCGUUUGCCCUCUGUAUGUUUUGCCUAUACAGCUUCAUGCCACUAGUGAUUAAAGUCACUAGUGCCACUUCUGUCAACUUGGGCAUCCUGACAGCCGACCUCUACAGUCUUUUCUUUGGACUCUUUCUGUUUGGCUACAAGUUUUCCGGGCUCUACAUCCUGUCCUUCACCAUCAUCAUGUUGGGGUUCAUUCUGUACUGCUCCACCCCGACACGCACAGCUGAGCCUGCAGAGAGCAGCGUGCCGCCCAUCACCAGCAUCGGGAUUGACAACCUAGGACUAAAGCUUGAGGAGACCCUGCAAGAGAUCCAUUCUGCCGCCUUGUAGCUGGAGAAGGAGAUGCCCUCCCAGGUUUCCCCGGGAAAUGGGGGGCUAUCACUGGAGGCAGGCUGAGCCUGCUAACCCGGAGGGGACGCUUGGAAAAUUACUACCUGGGGAACGAGCACUGCAACACUGGAUUGAUUCCAGGGGUUAGAUUUUACAAAGGAAUACAAAUAAUGUAUCAAAAGUAGAAAGAUGAAAAUAGAGCAGAAGGCAAGAUGGCUAGGAUUGCGUUUCUGUGGGUUUGAGGAUCCAUCCCUGCUAGCGUCAGGGAAAUGGGGUGCCCCACACGGUGGGGCAUGAUCCAGCCUUGAGACAGAGCCGAGAGCAGGUUGUCCACUGGGCUGGCCAGUCGGGAUUGGGCAGUCCAGGGUGGUCGUGGAGUAGCUUUCCACCGUUGGAGGCUUUUGGCUUUUGUCUUGCUGAGGUAGUCCUUGUCCACAAGCCUUGUGGCCUUUAUGCCACACCAAGUCUUCUGAUUGAUUGCAUAUGGCAGCAAAAUGGGUGGAGUAGCACUUGAGAAAUCCUGAGAAACAAGUGUGAGUACCAUAGAAGCUAGAAAGAGGGUGGUGCAGAAAACCUAGGGACCCUCUCUGCAUUGUUCUCUACACUACUUCUCACCAAAUAUUUAUAAUGUGCCAUGAGAUUUUUAUGAUACUUCUUCAAUACAAAGUGCAAGCAUGUAGCAUCAUUAUAUCAACUACCACUCUGCCACUUUACAAAAACUCUGUAUGUAAACUUUUUUUAAUGUAAUAAAGAAAUCGAGAGUAAGUGUUCAUGUUAUUAAAAAUUUUUGAUUUCAUGGAAGUACA